AGAAAAAAUGAGGACAAGAAAGCUGCUUUAUCCAACGGAAAAGGUCUGGACGGACAAGUACAAGUAUGAUGAGGCAGAGAGGCUUCACUAUGAACGGGAAGCAACCCUAGCAGCUUCUGCUGGUAGGACCUGCCAAGAGCUGGUGGCGGUGAAUGGUUUCUGCCAUGAAGAGCCUGCUGAGGAAGAGCUGAAAGAAGACCUCUGGAGGGCAAAAAAUGAGAAGGAACCAAAACGAAGAAGGUGUAUGCCCAAAACAAAGGCUAAGGUCCUGAAAGCAGAUUUUGUCCUGGCCGGGUUAUUAGCUGACCGUGUAUGGUUUGAGAAGCCUCUCUUUGACCAGGCGGAAACUGCCUACAGAAAGAAACUUGCUGAAGCAUCAUCACAGGCAGCUUCUGAGAUGCUCCAGGCUGCUGAGCAGUCUGCAUUGGUGCCCUGGUUAGAAACAGAGUUCUUCCAAAGUGGUGUUAGGCCACGGGAAAACCCGGCCAUCUUACACUGCAGCCAUGGCAGCUUGAUGGCCUGCCACCACAUCAUUCAAGACGUUUGGAUCAACAAGUUCAACUUUGACGACGCUGAGAAGACAUUUGUUGAAAGAUCUCAAUUGGUGAGUCUACCACAGUUCCUUGAGCUCCCAUCUGUGCCACUGCACAGCAGCGUUGGGCAGAACACUCCAGAUGAAGGCUAUGUGACUGCCCUGCCUACCCCUUCGACGCCAGCCCAGUCCCUAAAUAUUGCAGCUCAUACUAGUGCUUUGUUGGCCUCCCCAAGUCUGUCUGAUGCUUCAAACCAGACAGUGAAUGGCAAGCCUCAGAUGUCUAGUUUACGGGCCCUAAUCUCAGAGGUGUGGCUGGAGAAACCUCUCUAUGACGAUGCGGAGAGAUACUUCUAUGCAAACAUGUUUGACGGACACCCGCCAGGAAAGGUGAGGUUGCAGGAACGCGGGCGGCCAGAGUCCUCAAAGAGGAGCCGGAAAGACAAAAAGAGCCGUAGCACAGGGAAGCCGACAGCAGGCAAGAGGGGGAAUAAUAAAUCCACCACUUCGGCUACCGUACCCCAAGAUGCCGCACACUCUCCACCUGCCUGGUAUUUCAUGCACAAGGACAGUGAGUCUUCAUGGUUCAACAAACCUGCGUAUGAUAACGCUGAAGCACAGUACUACGCUUCCAAAGCCUCCAAGUUGGGGAACAACAAGCAAGAGAGCAGCAGAAUGUCUGAAACGAUGCUAGCAAAGCCAUCGCAGCCUGCUGCCCGGGCUUCAAGCGCACCAGAGCCUAACACUAAAAAAAUGGCAGCCAGCUUCCUCAUGCACGAGAAGAUCUGGUUUGACAAGUUCAAAUACGAUGAUGCUGAGAAGAAAUACUAUGAGCAGAUGAACGGUCCCGUCCGCAGCCCUUCUAGCCAGCAGGAGAACGGAGCCAGCACGAUCCUACGCGACAUUGCCAGAGCCAGGGAGAAUAUCCAGAAGUCGCUGGCCGGACUCAAGACAGUUUUGCAAAAUCCUCAUGAAGCCCCACCUGCUCGUCGCAAGAAGCAGUCAGGCCGUGCGACUAGCGCGAGCAGCACCUCUUCAGCAGGACCUGCUGGGGAUCAAAGUGAGCUGGUCACAAGGAUCGCGAGCCUUGAGGUGGAGAAUCAUAGCCUUCAUAGCGUGGUUGCCGACCUCCAGCUUGCCAUCUCCCGACUGGAAUGUCGCCUGAGUGUGCUGGAAAGAGCAUCUACUACUCACCACCCUUCCCCACCACCACCAACACAGAAGGUGGAACCGCUGACCAUCACAUCGAGGAAAGUUGAGCUGCCUUCUUCUUUGCCUGCCAAGAAAACAGAAUCUCCCGCUGCCGCCGCUGCAGUUGAGGACGACGAUGACGACAUCGACCUGUUUGGCAGUGAUGAUGAUGAGGAAGACCAGGAAGCUGCCCGGCUUCGAGAAGAGCGACUAAAGCAGUAUGCAGAGAAGAAAUCCAAGAAACCCGGCCUGAUCGCCAAGUCCUCCAUCCUCUUGGAUGUCAAGCCUUGGGACGAUGAAACAGACAUGGCCAAGAUGGAGGAAUGUGUCCGAUCCAUUCAGAUGGACGGUCUAGUCUGGGGAGCCUCCAAACUAGUCCCAGUGGGUUACGGCAUCAAGAAACUCCAAAUUCAGUGUGUGGUGGAGGAUGACAAAGUUGGGACAGAUAUACUGGAGGAAGAGAUCACCACGUUUGAAGAUUAUGUGCAGAGUGUCGAUAUAGCUGCUUUCAACAAGAUCUAACAGCAAACCUUUACACUUUCUAACGCUAAUAAAAGGUCAAGAGUUGGAGAACA